AAAGGCAUGUUGGACCGCCAAUGGUGGGAGAGAAAAUUACGUUUCUCUUCAGUAUAAAUAAGUGUUCGAGUUCGUCACAGCCAUCAUCUUUAGCACCCACAUGUACUACAAUGAGUCAGAGCCUGAAAAAUAUUGAUGUCCUUACCAGCGAGAUCAUUUGCAAAAUUGAAUUGUGCCUUAAUCCUGCGACAGCACCCCCACCACUGCUGAGGGGGCAUGUCUUAGAGGCAAAGCAAUACCCCACCACCACGAAACACGUCUCCCGUCAGGACACGCCCAGCGUGCCCAAAUUGAGCCAGAACAUACAUAAACAUACUACUCACAUGUAUUCGAUUCGUCUGUGACUUCAUCAAACGACCAAGGACAGUAGUAAAUACGUGCAGUGCAUACUUAGACAAAUUCAUUUCUUGGAAACGAAGAAAUUCUUCUGUGUUCAUGCGAGAUUUUAUCUCCGUACAUUAUUUGAAAAUUUUCAACGUUGAUCAUUACUAUU